AUGGACAAGUACCUCAUGAACCAGGUUGCUGGCUAUGAGAACAAGCCCGUUCCCCUCAAGGUCAUCCACAACUUCAGCCGCAUGCGCCGUUUCCAGCCCUAUUCGGCCGUUGUCGAGGCUAUCAAGACCAGCGAGGUCCUUGAGCUCACCGAGGGUGAGGAGGUGCGCCGCAAGGUUCCUCUGGACGAGAAGUUCGGCAACUCCUACGACGACAACCACGUCCGUGUCAUCGAUGACAAGACCCAGCCGCGCAGCAUCUACGCCAAGGGCUUCCCCGAGGAGGAUGAGAUGUCCCAGUUCAACAUCGAGAAGUUCUUCUUGAACUAUGGCCCCUUCAAGUCCGUCCGCCUCCGGCGCACCUGGCCUGAGAAGAAGUUCAAGGGCAGCGUUUUCGUCGAGUUCGAGGACGAGGAGACCCAGAAGAACUUCCUCGCUCUUGACCCGAAGCCCAAGUUCGAGGGUAAGGAGCUGAUCUACAUGAGCAAGAAGGAAUAUGUCGAUAUGAAGGCCAAGGACAUUGCUGAGGGCAAGAUCAAGCCCCAGCCCACCCGCCCUCCGCACUACUCGACUGCUGACAGCCACCGCGGCCGUGGCCGUGGCCGUGGCGGCUUCCACCGUGGUGAUCGCCGUGAUGACAGGAAGGGCUCGGAUGGUAACUGGAAGGAGGGCCGCGACAAGUUCCAGAAGGGCCGCGGCCGUGGCGGCCGUGGCGGUCGUGGAGGCCGUGGUGAUAGGCGUGGCGGCGACCGCAACCGCGACCGUGAUUCGAAGGAGAACAACGAGGAGAGGGCCGUCCCCAAGCAGAAGGUUGAUGCUAGGGGCAUCCCGAUUGUCGAAGCCAGCGAGGAGCCUAGCAAGAAGCGCCCUGCCGAGGAUGACGCUGCCGGCAACGACGCGAAGAAGGCCAAGCCCGAGGAGGCCACUGCUUGA